CAUCAUUCCUCCUCUUGUUUCAUCCCCGCCUUCCUAAAAAAGACUCCCCCCGAUGACUUCCCGUACCAAGCGUUUAAGUUGAUAUGGAGAUGCAGCACAUCCUAGAUGAUCGGCGGCAGGAGUUUAAUUCCCAAAAUUGCGGCGUAGAGCAAGCGCCUAGACGCCUCAAGAACAAGUUAGCCUGUGAGGAAUGUCGUGACCGGAAGAUUCGUUGUGAUGGAAGACGACCUGUCUGUCGUUCGUGCCUCCGUAAAAAGUUACCCCCGGAGCGUUGUUCAUACUCCACUCAUUCCUCAACCGACAAUCAUGCGGCUCGCGACGACAGCUACACAAAAGCACUUGAGAACAGAAUUGCCGAGCUCGAAUCUGGCCAUGGACACAGUCCGAGAAUUGCUUCGGUCCCAACUCCCACCUCACAGCAACAUGUCGAGCGUCAAAACGCUACUGACAAUAGCCCGCCAUAUCUGGGCCGAGCUAGCGCAGUGGGUUUUAUGGAAGAAGUUAUCGAGACGUUGAAACCCGCUGAAGCAUUAGCAACCAAGACCCUCAGUAGAGGAUAUAUUGCAGUUGAGGCUCCGGAAUCCUCACCGUCAUCAUGGUUCGCUGGCAAUAGCAGAGGAGAUCAAGAUUCGAUAGUUCUAGGAGUAGAUCUUGUGUUACCACCGAGGCGUACCGCAGACAGCUUGCUCCGAAGUUAUUGGGUUGGAGCUCACCCAUUACUUCCCAUCAUUCAUAAGUCGGCUUUUUUAGCACGUUAUGAGAGACUUUGGAGUGGUACUCUAUCUACAUCAGAAAACGACGGAGAGAGCUCUCGUAACUCCGAAUUAGUAUUCCACUUUAUGCUCAACAUUGUAUUCGCACUUGGCUGUAGGUUCAUGUCAAUAUCUGGCCAGGGCCAGCUUUCUAGCGACCUGAAUUCUAGGCAGCCGUUUUUUGAUCGCGCCAUGAAGCUCAUGACUUUGGAUCUCUUAGACGAUGGGUCUAUAGAACUUGUUCAAUCCCUGCUAAUCACAGUUCAAUACAUCCAAACUUUAGAGCUGUCUAAUAAGGGUUGGGUGAUCCUUGGAAUGGCGAUACGUUUAGCCCAGAGCAUCAACAUACACGUCGGUGUCGGGAGGGAAAGCCAAGCAAAAAGAGAGGAGAGGAGGAGGACUUGGUGUGUUUGCAUUCUUCUCGAUAGGGUUCACGCUAUGACCUUCGGGCGCCCAUCAAUGCUGCAUUCGCAACACCAUACAACGCUGCCGCAAAUGAUCGAUGACGAAUAUUUUGCCGUGGAUGUAGAUGAGGCAGACAGACAACACCCUCUCGGGAUUCCGUGCAAGUCAGCAUACUUUGCGUCCAUUGUAACGCUUUCCGAUAUUACUGCGGAGAUACUAAGACUUUAUUAUACGACAACUCCCGGUACAGCAGUGGGAUUAAAACCUGAGAAAGACUACAACUCACUGCUUCAGCUUGAUGCCCAGCUGGAGAGCUGGAAACAGGGGCUACCGUCCUACCUCCGUUUCGGUAUUGACAAUCAAAGUGGCGAUCCUACUGAUUUAUUUGUCCGACAAGCACAUCUGCUCCAUCAUCGACUCUUAUAUUCUAGAAUUUUACUGUUUCGAAGGGUAGUGGUACGACUAGCCGCUGAGAGUUUUGUCCAGCCACAAAAGUCAACAACGACAAGAUUAGAGCAAACCUUAGGCCUGGGAUGUGUGGAAACAUGUAGGUUAGCAGCUCAAGAGCUUCUCGAAGUCAUACAUCCGCAUAUAGGCACAUGGCUACUUCCUCCUCCGUGGUACACUGUCUUUGCAAUUUAUACGGCGGGGACGGUUUUAGCUGUUGUCUUCAUUACUCCAGCUUUCCGGAAUGCAUUGGAUGCACACCAACUAACAACCCUACGACAUUCUUGGGAGCUGAGCAUCGAUUCCUUGAAACAAUACCAGCAACUAAAUGUACCAUCAGCGUCGAAGUGCUUGUUGAACCUUCUAAAAAUAUACAAGGUUUCGGAAUCAGAAACACGAAGCAGUGAGCUUAACGCCAAUGAUGUUGCUCUAGCAGGUACUGCACCAGACCCCGGAUCUGCUACAGCGCGAAAUUUAUGCUUAUCUGAAGAUGGACAAUGCAUAUUUCCCGGGCAAGACGAUCCCAGGCAACUCGAAGCACUGUUUCUUGAUUCUACGUUUUGGGCCGACGAAAACAUGGACUGGCUGGUAGAUCUAUCUAAUGGUGCAUGAACAGUCGUCAGGGAUCGGUUCCCGGAAACCGGACCAUUACAAAGUGAAUGAGAUACCCGGGAGAUGGAAGAGGAAGUCGAUGAUAUGGACAAUGCCAUAUCCCUACUGACCUUUCAACGAUCGGGCUUGACAAUCUCCCUAGAAAGGAGCGCAAGAACAAUCUGUAAAGCUAACCACUGUAACUCUAUGUAUAAGCACAAUCUCGGUCUCGAGAGGAUACGCCAUCUAAGCAUCCAGAAUAUCAUCCCAUGGCAUCUCACAUCUCUGCAGCAAAACUCUAUUCUCGAAGGGAUAUAUCGGGGACCAGCAUAGAAGCAAAGGACUUCGGGAUGACACACAUGACACACCCGAACUCUCGACAAGACAUCCAUCCUUCCGCGCCGUUUUCGCACCCACCUCGUCGCUCAGGCACAGCAUUGUUACCUCAACACAUCGUCAAAUCCCUCCCUCCCUAUCGCGAGGCAAUGCUGCUUGGACGAAGCGGCCCGAGGAUCCUAUCAAAAUCCGCAGCAAGCCUAAAUCGCGCGCAUGCACACGACACGGGUGACUGUGUUACUCUACUCUAUUCAGGAUUG